UCUAUUAUUUUAAUAGUUUCCCUUUUCCCAUAAAUCACUAUCACUCCCUCACCAAUUUUUCUCUCCUUCCACUUUUCCAAUCUCAUAUCUCUCUCUCAAGCUUCAACCCUUUUUUUCUCUCUAUUUCCAAAACCUCAAACAUGCAAGUUCCAUUAAUUGAUAGACUCAACGAUUUCCAAGCAGGUUUCAAUUCAUUACAACAAAACCCAUCUUUCCCUUCACAAAUCACAGCCACUUCCUUCAAUGGAAUCCAAUCCGUUUCCAUUGCUUUCAAUUUCUGCAAAUGGGGUGCUGUUAUUCUUGCCUUAGUCGCAACUUUCACCAGCCUCAUCAACAAAGUCACCAUUUUCAUCAUCCACCUUCGUAAAAAAGCUUCUUCCCUUCCAUCAAUCACCUUCGACAACGACGAUGAUUUCAGCUCCGAUGAUGAAGAUAACGAAAACGAUGACAUUGUUAGCUUAUCUUCGUCAUCGGAAUUUGAAGACGAUGAACCAUCUAUGUCAUCUUCAUCAAGCUUCAAAGAUUUCUUUCGCCUUACAGGAAACAGUAACGAUUACGAUGUGAACAACGUAUUCCAAACUCAAAACAGUGGGCAUAGACGACAACAUAGUAUUGGUGAUUUUUUUUCUCUUUUAGAAUUAGCCAAUGGUGAUAACGUUGUUAAGCUUUGGGACAGUAUAGGAUUUGGUUUAGGUUUAGAUUUCGAUGAAUACGAGGAUGGUGUUAUUUCUUCUACCAACCCACAUGCGCCUUUAACUUCUGCGGCUGCAUCACCAGAUGUGAUUGUUUCCGCAGGAGAAGGCGCACAUGGUAAUCUUGCAGUCGAGAUAUGGGACACUCGUCUCCGACGACGGAAGCCGUCGGUCGUAGCCGAGUGGGGACCCACGGUGGGGAACACGCUGCGCGUGGAAUCUGGCGGCGUUCAGAAAGUUUAUGUCAGAGAUAACGGACGUCAGCGUUUGACGGUUGGUGAUAUGAGAAAAGUCAGUUUUCCGUUAGGAAAUGUAACGGAAUCUGACGCGGAUAAUACUUGGUGGGAUGCUGAUGCUGUUAUUGUUACAGAUGAAUCUUACGGAAAACAUUAAUCGAUGUUGUACGCAACUUUGUAACAUUGCAAUUAUUGGAAUUUAAUUUAAUUUCGGUUGGUGCUAAGAAAAUUAAUUUAAUAUAGGAAAAUAAAGCAUCGCCGUAUUUGGAAAAUUGUUGUAUUCGGUCUAAAGUUGAUUGAUAGCUGUAAAUGAAUAAAUUAGUUAGUUGAAUUUGUACAUUUUCUCAAACGUGUGGCUAAAAUUAAACGAUCUUGU